AAUAUACUAGUAUCUAUGGUCAAAGGUUUGGCCAUAGAUGGUGAAUAUCAGUGGAAAAAUUUGUACAGUAGUUACUGUUUGUUUGGUGCAGUGGGAUAUCGGAUUAUGGGUGACGCUGAGUUUGAUGACAUGAGGGCGAAGCGCUUAGGUUUAGCGCAUUCGAAAUAUAAAGAAAAUGAGUUCGAUAAUAGGAAUGCUGCAGAGGAAAAAAAACGCGAACAAGAGGAAAUGAAAAAUAGUAUUCUUAGCCAAGUCUUGGAUCAGUCGGCGAGAGCUCGACUAAAUACUCUGAUGAUCGGUAAACCAGAAAAAGGUCGCCUAAUUGAAGAUAUGAUUGUGCACAUGGCAAGGACGGGUCAGCUUAUGGGAAAGUUAAAUGAAAAUGGACUCAUUAACAUAAUGGAAAAAGUUAGUGAACGGAUGCAGCGACCUACUACAACUGUCAAAUUUGAUCGACGACGAGCGGCCUUGGAUGAUUCUGAUGAUGAUAUAUAAUGAAAUAGCUGGAAGAAAGAAGGAAACUGCAACUGAAAGAAAAUAAUCUGAAAUUAAUUUAAAAGGACUGAAUUAUAGAAUUUUCAUAUCCAUAAUAUUGUUUAUGAUACAUGCUCAUUAACUUUCAUUUAAUACAAGCUUAAAUUCUUUAUGGAAGCUUGUAAAAUUACACUGCAUUAAAUGAUGAAAAUAAUUUCUUUUUUAAAACAUGUACAGUAUUUUUCCACUAAAAGUGAAAUCUUAAAAAUUAAGUGGGUAAAGUAUUGACUUUUGCUAAAAAGUUUGCUGUUGUUGUGUUGUCAACACAAAUAACUAUUGAAGUACUGUAGUGACAAUUUCCCAGGCAAUGCAAGGUGCAGAAACUAGAAGAAAAAAAAUUGACACUAACAUGUUUAUAUCAAGUACUUUGUAUGCUGGAACAGGCUGACAACCAAACAAUAAUUUGUGUGUGUGCGUGCUUGCUUAUUUACAAGUAAAUUACAAAAAUGUAUGUAAAUAUCACUGGUCCACAUAAAUACCCCAUUAUGUUAUAGUUGGCAUGUUAAUGUAUUGUUGUCAUAACUCCUGUCAACUUCCUAUUUUUAGUAUUUGUUUAAUUAUUAAUUAUCUUAUCUUAUAUUAAUCUUUUGUUAUAAAUGCCUCAUAAGUUGUCAUUUUCGAGUAUUUCCACCAGCUGGACAUGGCAACAGUUCUUUAUGCUAUAGUGGCUGCCCUAUAGUUAACAUUGUCAACUUAUUUUGUUGUAUUAGUAACCAAAGAAUUUUGUGGAUUCUGCACUUCUACAGCAUCUGGCAUCAUGCUAUGAUAUUAUACUUCAAACAUCUGCAAGUAGAAUGUAGGUGCAGUUACGUUCGGAGUUAGUGAUUAAGAGAAGACAUGGAAACUUUAUAAGGCAAAGAGUGGGAGAGACAAUUCUAGCAUUCUGGUUUAUUUUUUUAUGUCAACUGAAUAAACUGUCAGAAUCAAACCAGGACUAGUUAUCAUACAAAAUGUGUGAUUAUUAAAAUUAAUCAACCUUGA